AUGAAAAGCACCCGAGUUGAGGAUACGACUUCGAUCGCUGGCUACGAGACCGUCAAGAUACUGGGCAGAGGUAGCUUUGGUGUGGUGCGUCUUGUGCGUGAAAAAGACAACACUCAGAGCGAUCACGAGGUAGAGGAUACAUUGAGACCAGAGAGAAGUUUGUCCAACCCUAGACCUCGAUCCAUUGGAGUAUUGAGAUCCACAGCAGAUGGAUCCAGAAAUGGACGGCGGAAGGUGAUGACAGGAGAGAAGAAAGAGGUAUACGCAAUGAAGGUGAUCAGAAAGCGCGAAAUGAUCAGUAAUUCCCAGGAGGGCCACAUCCGAGCUGAGCGAGAUUUCCUUGUUGCGUCGGAAAGGUCCCAAUGGGUGGUUCCGUUGAUAAGCAGCUUUCAAGACAACGCCAACCUUUACCUUGUCAUGGAUUUCAUGGUCGGCGGAGACUUUCUUGGGCUGUUGAUCCGCAAAGACAUUCUUCGUGAAGAAUGGACCAGAUUUUACGUCGCAGAAAUGAUCUUGUGCAUUGAAGAAGCUCACCGACUCUGUUGGAUUCACCGUGAUAUCAAACCAGACAACUUCCUCAUUUCUGCCUCCGGUCACUUGAAGAUUUCUGACUUUGGCCUGGCUUUCAACGGACACUGGUCUCAUGACCAAAUUUACUACCAUAAUCAGCGCUACUCUCUUCUGGAAAGGCUCGGGGUCACCAUCAAAGGCGACAAAGAAGACCAGUCUCAGAUUGCAGAGAAUGCGGAUGCUUCUCCUGAUCCAAGGCUUCAUGGUCUGGAGGAUCCUUCCAGAUACCGCCCGCCACCAACAAAUUUGUUGGAGUGGCGUAAUAGCAAAGAGAGACGGAGGUUCGCGAAGAGUAUAGUAGGAACAAGUCAGUACAUGGCUCCAGAGGUCAUCCGAGGUGAAAUGUAUGAUGGGCGAUGUGACUGGUGGAGCCUGGGAGUUAUUAUAUACGAGUGUUUUUAUGGGUACACGCCAUUCGCCUGUGACAAUCGUCACGACACUAAGGUGAAAAUCCUUCACCACUCAAAAAGCUUGAAAUUCCCCAGGGAAAAAUCUACCGACAAGAUAGUAUCACAAGAUGCAAUCGAUCUCAUCAGUCGAAUCCUCCAGGAGCGCGAGUUUCGACUAUCUUCCCCGAGAUACCACGUUAAUGACAUCUUGAUCGGCCGGCCUGUCACCUCUAAUUUCUUGUACUCGAUGGGCCCUCGCUAUCAACACAUCAACAGCUACUAUGUGUUCCCGAAUGACGCCGUGGAGAUCAAAGCCCACCCAUUCUUCAGAGGAAUCCAAUGGAAUCAACUUCAUUUGACUCAACCGCCAAUGACCCCCCGCGUCAAGAACUGGGAAGACACCCGAUAUUUUGAAGAUUGGAAAUCCAGUGGAAAUGCCGAAGAAUUUGUAGGAGACAGCGAUAAUCAAGAGUCCGAUGAAAGGUCUGAUGACAAACCGAACAUUUCGCUGAUGCAUGCAUCCUCAUCCCGCCAAAUUCACCCGUUGCUUGAUCAGCCGUUACCUGAUGUUGACGCUAUCACUCCUGCAAAUGUCGACUCUCAAAAGGCGCCGGCGACUAAGAAGAAGAGGGAGAGAAAACGACCCCGAGACAAGAUACUGCGAGACAAGGGAGUAGGCAAGGCAGCCCUGGAAAUUCGCAAGAGGUCUGUCUUUUUGGGGUACACUUAUCGACGACCGAUGGGUCCGGCACUCGCCCUUAGCCUAGAUCGUGGCCGUCAGAGGGUUGGGAGGGGGCAGUUAAUGGAAGACCUCUACGGGGUUUAUAUGGAGGUUUGA